GUCCAAAUCUAAACAAAAAGGAAGAAAUUAUUAACAAAUCUGUUUGGAAUCCAUGGCCCCGUCGACAUGCAACAUCACAAACAUUGACAAGAAAAAAGCAAUUAUAUAAUUACUAUAAAGCUGUUUUAUAAUACCAGCUUCAUCAGCUGGUACGCGUCAAAGUUUGGCAAAAGAAAAUGGAUGAAGACUGACACAGGCCAGUUGGAUGGACUCGCAAAUCUAAUUGAACUCAAGUUAAAGUUCUGGAUCAGGUUGGUGAAUGAUAUGCUAAACAAGUGUGCACAAAAAGGAUUUAAUUUAAUGGUAGUUUUUAGUUUUCUUAAAUGAAAUGUAUAUCGUACAGUGUGCCUUUUAACAAGACCUGCUUUUGUGGUCGUCUGCUUAGUCGGGUCUCUUGGUUUUCAGGGGAAACUCAGAAAGUAGGAUAAGCCAGGUGGCUGUGGUUGACCAAAGCACGCUGACAGGUGUUUAGUGUCAACAAGAGAAAAACCUGUUGAUGUGACAUUCGUGUCAAAUAGAACUCAUGAAACGGGCUCAGAUUUAAAACGUCAAACCUGGUCUCCUGGACAACAAUUCACAUCUUUUUGCUAAAAUCAAAAAAUACCUGCUUGUAUUGUCUCAUUAUAUUUGAACAACUAAACACGUGGUCUUCAUUCACAUAGAGACGGGAAACAAUUUUAGUACAAGUUUUCGUAAACUGAUAAAUUGAGUGAAGCAGAAAUAUCUCAGCAACACCUGUGAGUUUUCUUGAUACGGAGAUUAAAUGACAAUACGACGACCUCUGAAGUCGUGCAUCAAAAAUGAAGAGACCAGACCGUAGACAUUUAAAAACCUGUGAAAAUCUGCACGCUGUUAAGCAUCCCACCAUCAUUCUGAAAGAAGAGCUCUUGACUGGACAAUGACAAUAACAUACUCGUCCAAAAUGGCUACUGUUGGCUUCUGACGUCAAAGGCAACAACUUGGGGACAAUGAAACGAUGAUUUCAACAUGACUAUUUGUGCCUAAGGUACCAGUAUCGUCACCUGAAGCUCGUUCUAGUUGUUCUGAAGAAAACCUUCGGUGUUGUGACUGUAAAGUAAUGCUGUGUCUUCUGCAAGCUGUAGUUGCGAAACCAAAGUCAAGCCCCUGCAAUCAAUAAACGCUGUCCUGAAUUACAUACCAAGGCCACAAACCACUAAGUGUGACACCUUCUGCAGAAUGAGUUAAUGCCCUUCUUAGACGACACGAUGCAUUCACUCAACCGUAGCCUGACAACAGAUACAGCUCUGUAGCUUCUUUCCUUCUUUCUAUCUCUUCCACAAUGGCCUCUGUCACUGAAUCGCCGAUUUCCUUCCCAAACGCCAACUGCUCCACCUUUGUAACAUCGCUGUUGUCCUGCAGCCAUCCGUCGUACGUCGCUGCUGGCGUGAUUGCUGUGCUCAGCUGCCUCCUGGGGAUCCCGACUAACGUCCUCAUGAUCGUAAAACUCAGCAGCCAUCUGCGAGGCUCCUCCAUGACGAAGCGCCUCAUCUUCAACCUGGCUCUGUCGGACCUCCUCUCGCUGUUCUGCUUGGUGAUCGCCGGGGCCAUUUUUGCCACCGGACCCCGUUUGACGCAUGGGUUGUGUCAACUUUUCUUUUUCGUCGUCUUAUUCUGCAUAACCUCCAGCUCCAACAUCCUGCUGCUGAUAAGCGUUCAACGUUACUACCAGAUUCUUCACCGUGCCAAGUGGGAAAAAGUGACCCGAGCAUGGCAGCGGGUUUUACUCUCCGGUGUGUGGGUACUCGGGGCCCUGCUGCCUCUCCCGCUUGUGCUUUCUCUGACGGAUAAGACGAGCGGAGACGCCGCGUCCGGCAAGACGUCCUGUAGGACCAAAAUGAUCAAACCGCAAGCCGAGGCGGUCCACGUCGCCAUUGUGAUGUCGGCUCAGCUUGUGGUGUUGGUGUUUUACGUAAAGCUUGUGAGAGGCGUCAGGAAGGUUCAGAUGUCUGACAAGAAAAAGCAAAAGAUCAAUAGACUGUUCACUCGGAUCCUCGCGGUCUCUCUUAUAGACUUUCUGCCUUUGUUUGCUCGCGUUGUGGCCGUUGCCGCCCAUUUUACGCACUCAAAAACGUUGUACGACGUCAGCAGGAAUUUGACGUCCAUCGAGUAUUUGUACUUUUUAAACCACUGCCUGAACCCCCUGCUGUAUUUCUUUGCUUCUCGGCAUCAGCUAAGAGACAGAGAGAAGAAAAGAAAGCUCUUUCUCAUGGCUCUUAAUGACAGUUCUUAACGAGGUCCUUGGAUGUCUGUGCUGUGCUAUUUGACCUUUACACAUUUUUCAUUUAUAAUGAGGUAUUAACACGGUUACAAAAACAUCCCAUGCGAACAACGACUUUGGUGUGGAUUUAUCGACCACUUCUCUUUCUGUAAAGACACGUUUUGCUAUUAAAAUGUUUGAAGGCUG